UCUUCUCAGUCUAUGAUUGUUCCGUGUUGUUGGCUACCUUGCAACUUUCUUCCGGGUGUGCUGUGGUUGGUACCCGGAGUUGGAGGGUAGACCAGAUUAUGAAGAGGGUCACCCUCUUUGUGAAUGGGAGCACCCAGCAUGGCAAGGUGGUUCCCGUUAAUGGGUCCCUCUCUGACUUACUGUCUAUCGCCAGCACAAAACUGGGGAUCGAUGCAACAAAUGUGUACAAUGAGAGGGGAGGACAGAUAGACGAUGUCUCUUUAAUAAGAGAUGAUGAUGUUCUAUAUGUGUGUGAGGGGGAACCUUUCAUAGAUCCGGUACCAGAAGCUGUACCACUUGAACAGCUAACAGGAAGUCACACAGACUGGCUGACACUAAAUGUCGGAGGAAGAUAUUUCACCACCACACGGAGCACACUUGUCAGUAAGGAGCCCGACAGUAUGCUGUCCCACAUGUUCAGUGACAGAGAUGCCUGGGGAAAUAAAAAGGAUCUCAGGGGAGCUUUCCUGAUUGACCGCAGUCCAGAAUACUUUGAACCAAUCUUAAACUACCUCCGUCAUGGACAGCUUAUUGUCAAUGAUGGAGUGAACCUAUUGGGUGUCUUAGAAGAAGCAAAGUUCUUUGGUAUAGAUUCUUUGAUUGAACAUCUGGAGCUGGCAAUAAAAAAUUCCCAGCCACCAGAUGAUCACUCCCCCAUUUCUCGGAAGGAGUUUGUGCGCUUCCUACUUGCCACACCAACCAAAUCUGAACUUCGUUGCCAGGGUUUAAAUUUUAGUGGUGCUGACCUCUCUCGCCUGGACCUACGAUAUAUAAAUUUCAAGAUGGCUAAUCUGAGUCGCUGCAAUCUAACUCAUGCUAACCUUUGUGGAGCCAGCCUGGAGCGUGCAGACCUGUCUGGAUCUGCCCUAGAUGGAGCAAAUCUCAUGGGCGUAAAGAUGCUGUGUUCCAAUGCAGAGGGCGCCUCUCUUAAGGGCUGCAACUUUGAGGAUCCCUCUGGCUUGAAAGCAAAUUUAGAAGGGGCUAACCUGAAGGGAGUUGAUAUGGAGGGCAGUCAGAUGACUGGAAUAAAUUUGCGAGUUGCUACCCUGAAAAAUGCCAAGCUGAAAAACUGCAAUCUCAGAGGAGCAACCUUGGCUGGAACUGACCUUGAGAACUGCGACCUCUCCGGCUGUGACCUGCAAGAAGCCAAUCUUCGCGGUUCAAAUGUGAAAGGCGCCAUAUUUGAAGAGAUGCUGACACCUUUACACAUGUCUCAAAGUGUGAGAUGAAGAAGCUGUUCCAAAUAGCACUGACACGUAUGAGUGCAGGAUUGCAGGUGUCCUAUAUAUUAUAUGGAAAAUCUAGAUUGCUGUGUUCUGCAGAAAGAGCAUCAUUAUAUAGAUGCUGCACAUACUCGUCAGCAUUUAAUGCAAUCUUAACUACGCAUCUGUUAUACAUUCAGGUCUCCUGCUGAAGAUAAGUUUAUAACACUUGUGUAGUAGUUAACCAGUCCAUAUAUAACUGACUUCUGCGACCUUGCAUGGCCUCUGUACUCAGACUGUGCACAUAUUUAUUGUGUCAUACUCACAAUGUGGGAGUAAAAUAGAUAAUCAUGGUUAUAUUAACCCUUUUUUGUCAGCUUGGUAUAUCUCCACGGCAACCCCAUAUCAUGCAUUAUAACGGUUUAUCUGUGUCUUUAAAGGGACAUUAAACACUAAAUAAAUGAAUGAUGCAUUCAAAGAAAAGAUUAGUCUGAGAAUAACAUGUAGAUGCAUUUUUUUUAAAGUUUCAUAUGCUGUUAACAUAUUGUCAAAAUAAGUGUAAAGUUAUAGUGUCUAUUAAAUAAUAGGAGCUACCAUGUUGUAACUUAGGUUACCUUCUCUGCUGUGGCCAAUUAGGGACAGUUAUAAAUAGGUCACUAGAGUGUGCAGCAAAUGGCUGUGUGAAUAUAACAGUGUUCUGUACUACCAUUUUUAUCACAAACUGAAAAGCUCACAAUUGGAAUUACUGGAAAAGGGGACAAAAUAAAUAAUCAACGUAUAUUGCAUUUAUAUAUGAUUUAUCAUUUUAUAUUAUCAUCUCAAAGUGUUUAAUGUCCAUUUAAUUUUGACAAGAUUAACUUAAACAGAACUCUUGGGUUAAAUAGUCUGCCAUUUCUAAGCUCACAAAUUCUAACAACCAUUAUUGAAAUGAGAUAUGCAUUUCUUGCGAUUUAAAUAAAAAUGAUCGCAAUAAAAAAUAAUAUCCAGGUUAUAUAUGACCAAUCAUACUAUCUGGUUACACAGGGUAAAAUUGCUGUGUUUCCCAGCACCAGUGUGUGUUUGGGUCUCCCCAAUCCUCUCUACAUCUGUACAAAUAUUGGUGGUAACACAUGCAUAUUUAGAUCUAUGACAAGCGUGUGACUAUAUUUAAGCAUCUUGCACACUACAAAUCAGUAGGUAUUUUCUCUUGCACUUAUAUAUAUAUCACUUAUACAUAUAUGCUGAUUUAUAGAUAUAUACCAAAUUAUGCUAUGUAGCAUCUGCAGUAGGAGGUAUAAAUCCAGGGCUUUUAUUGAGAAAUAGCAGCUUAAUUGAGAGACCGCAUAGCCUCUGGGACUUCACCAUAUGACUGCAGAUAUAUAACCUCUUCCAUAGCAGAUCUUGCUUUGGAUCUGAAGGGCAAUAUGGCUGUGAGACAACGAUUUCUCAUAUCAGUACCUUGAAUGAAUCCGCUGCUGCAGUUGGUUUUGCAGCACUUAGAGUAUCCGUAGCUCUAUCGGUCAUCCGUGCAUUCUACACAUCAGUAGGUCAGGGGUUUCCGAGUGCCUUAUAACAUCUGUCACAGCUGCUUCUGGAGAACAUUUUUCAGUUAUGCAACAUGACAGUAUAUAUUGCUGAACUGUUAUUUCCAACCCCCCUUUCCCUACACAAUAAAUAUUUUUGGAAAUAAUUAAA